AAUUAUUAAAAUAAAUACAGCCGAGGCGCCGAAAAUUCAAUCAAAUGGACAGAUAUUGUCGUACUUGCUAUCGCACGAACGCAGUCCGAAAGUUCGAUAUCAAUACCGUAUCACAGGUGACGAAUGAGCGAAUUGGAGAUAUGGUUAUCUACUGCCUGCAGAUAGAGAUCAACCCGUACGAUCUGCUUCCGCAGACAAUUUGCGAAGCUUGCCUAAAUUCCUUGAAUGCAAUGUUUUUGUUCCGAAAGCGUUGCUACAACUCGGAUACAGAAUUGAAAAAAAUACUGAAGUAUGCACCACCUGAACAUGUCACAACAGUCGUACCCAACAUGGAACACGAGCUGGAUCUCAUAGAUGCCAUGAUUCCAAUUUCAACAGAAAGCCAGUCCAUUGAAAACAUAGAUUCUUGUUCUAAAGAACAAAAUUCUUCCAGUAAAACCGACCAGCCUGCACCGCACAUCGACACUCUAGAAACAACUUCAGAAACAUCCCACGUUGAUAAUCUUUCGGAGAAUCCCGUCGUAGUGGAGAGGUACACCCAGAAACUAUUUGAAUGUGAACAAUGCGACUACAGAUCAUCCUUCAAGUGCAAUGUAAUUCGUCAUCAGCAGUGUAGGGAUCACAUCGGCAUUAGGAUUACGAUUCCCAGCGGCAAGACUCCCUUGAAAGCCGUCAAGAAAUUACAAUGCUGCGAUGAAUGUGGUUUUCAAACCUUUAUCCGAUCCAACCUGUUAAGCCAUCAGCGGGUCUGGAAGCACACUAUGUGCAGCACAAGAGACGUCGAAGUGAAACGGAUCCUCGAGAAGUGUCCCACCUGUCCGCACUGUGGAGUACAACGGGCCAACCUACAGGCCCACAUGGCUCAAUGGUGUAAAGUGUUACGCGGGAGGAAGAAACAGCAUCCUCCUGUCAUCGUCAAUCAACCGUCUGAAAAUACAUCAACCGACGAAGUCCCUGCAAUUGAAAUGAAGUUUGAAAUCGACGAUACUAAUGGAAUGGUUAGUUGAAUAUGAACGAGUUCUUAAUUAGUUCAUGGUCUUGAGAUGCGUGACGAUUGUCGUUUCAUACAAAAUCUUUUUAAAAAUAUAUACAAAAAGCGCGACAUUUAAAUUAGUUUUUUCAUGUGAUUCAUGCAUUUUAUACAACUUAAGUAUUGUAUGAAUAUAGUCUUUUAAACAUUACACCAAAAGAUUUUUUUUUCUAAAAUUAGUGCAGUCUAAACGGUCAAAAUUUCGUUGCGACAUACGGGAUUAAAUUAGAAAUGUUUCCAAAAAAUGUUAAACAAAUAUUGUUUGUUCACCAACGUGUUUAAAUUUACCAUCGUAGAUCGUGUCCUUUUUUGUUUAAAAAUUGUUCUUAGGUCACAAAAAAACAUUUUUAAAAUAACUUCCUAUAAUGCUUCGUUUAGACCUACAACUCAUCAUCACUCAUAUGCCAAACGUUUUCCAGAUGUCGCUUCGGAGUUUUUACUUUGCGAAUAUUUUUGUUUGGGAGUCAGAUUACCGGUCAUUGUUUAUAAUGGCUUUUCAAAUACUAACAAUUCCACCAGUUUUGUGAUGUUUUUUAAGUCGUUCAGCUCGUGUCCGCGCCGAUUUCACGCAAUGCAUACUACACUAAAAGUAAUUUUCAAUAUUGUGUACCGUGAAGUACUCUAAUUUCGCGCACUUAAGAUCUGACAAAGUUAAAACGUUCAUUAAAAAACAUGUAGUGGCCAUUUGGAAACAUUUGCUACUGCAUCACGUAGUAGAAGGAUUCUAGGUUCUCAAAAAAAUGUUACUUGCAAAUUUUGCUGCUAUUUAAAAAAAAUUGGAGUAUGAAUCCGAGACCGUUGUAUGCUCCUUAUUUCGCGCAAGAAAAUAGGAUAGUUCCUAAUUUCGCGCAAAAGUGUUCCUAACUUCGCUCAUGUUUGGAAUUGAAUAUCGUUAUUGGUUUGAUGAAAUAUAAUCAAUUAACCAAUAGAAGCAUGCAUCCAUUGUUCAAAAUAUGCAGAUAACGGUAUCAGACAGCCGUCAGUGACCCAUUCUUUAAUCGAAAUGGUAUGUGCCUAUAUUUCGACCCUGGAGCUUUGCUUAGAUUUUACUUCAUGCAUUUUAGUUGACACAAGUCAUAACUCCUAAAAUAUCGUUUGCUUAUGAAAUAUGUACCAUAUUUUAAGAAAAAAGGCAUUGUGUAACAAUGUUCAGCUGGUGUAUGAAAAAAGUUUAAAUUUUCGAGACGUCAUGAAAGAACUUCUUAAAUUCCGCUAUCUCUUACAUAGGACAUCUUCAAAUAUGUGUUUUAUUCAAGACAUUUUCAAUAUUAUAUACAUUAUCGAAAAAGCUGCUGUAAUUUUAUCUUAAGUUUAGCAUCAUUUUACACAUCGCACAUUUUAGCAUAAUUUCACACAUCGGAUUAGAUAGCUAUUGCAGGCACUGAUCUAUAAGAUUUUUCAAGUCAACAUGUCGGUGGUUAUCCGCCUGAAAAUUAGAUAAAAAGCGUAUGGGAAUGAACUUUUCGGGUUCUAUUCAGUGUGAAACUGUCCUGUGUAUUAUAUUGCUUUUGUUUAAUUAGAAUGUUGCAAAUGAAACUACGCAACAACAAUAAACGAAAUUAGGCACCAUAAUUACUCUCAUAUACCUAAUUUCGUUCACAAAGCGAAAGUCUAAAUAAACACAAAAUACAUAAAAUUUUACACUUUUCAAUAGUAAUGACGAAUAAACAUAUCUAACAGAGCAUAAUGGAUACAAAUAUUUCCAAAAAGUAGCCAGUUUUGUACAAUAAAAUCAUUUGCUUACUUGGGUCAUGUUCUUCGUCGCUGUGCUAAGCACAAGCAAAUAUGGCGGUCGAUGGGAGGAUCAAAUUGAAAUAAUUUUAUUUGGUGUACUAAACCAAGUUUGUUUUUCAAUUUUUUUCGUGAAAAACAUUCAACAACAAUGAUAUUUUGUAAUCCUCCAGAUUUUUCAAUUUUGACUGGUACCUAAAAAUUGAAAACAAUAAAUGAUUUUAUAAUGCGCGAAGUUAGGGCGCGCGCGAAAUUAGGGCACAUCACGGUACAUCAUUAUGCUUUUAACAUUUUGGUGUGGAUGGUACUACGUUGGAUUUAAGUUACUCUUAGAUAAUACAUGGUAUGUUGAACUAAACCAAUAAACACGUUAUUGGAAUUAAUUUAAGGUUAUUAUUCUAUUGCUUUCAGCAUUUUUAAAUAAAAACAUAAUAAUGCUUACACAGAUUUGUUACACAACUAGACAAUAAAACAAGUUGAUCUGUACUUUCUUUCGGUCAAAAAGUAAAUUUGAAAAGCAAAACAAA